UCGGUCCCUCGCGUUUGCACCGAGCGGCGGGAUGACACGUGCACGCUCCCGGUGUUUGCCAUGGAGCGCGCUCCUGAUACUGCUGCUGGCCACGCGCACGGAUCAACAGUCUCCAGGUGAGCGGAGCCUGACGUUCCUGCAGCUCCUGGGGGAGGGCUCGUGGGACAGCAGCAGUCGGGGGUAUGGCCCGCGGGGGGAGUCCUCUUAUGUGUUCAGCAGGGGCUCUGUGUCAGGACAGCCUGCUCUGGCCCUGCUGCCCAACCCCUUCUACAGGUAUUUCUCCAUGCUCUUCCACAUCAAACCCACGUCCAGCUCCGCGUCAGUUCUGCUGGCACUCACCGACGGCCCUCAGAAGAUCAUGUAUGUGGGGGUGAAGUUGAGUGCAGUGCGAGAUGGGAAGCAGAAGGUGCAGUUCUUCUACACAGAGCCUGACUCUGAGGGCUCGUAUGAGGCUGCAAGCUUCACAGUGCCCAGCAUGGUGAACACGUGGUCCCGCUUUGCUCUGGCUGUGUUUGAGGAGGAGGUCACCUUCUACCACGGCUGUGAUUCCGCCCCUCAGACCAUUCGCUUCGAGCGCUCCCCCGACCCCAUGGACCUGGACAAGGCCUCAGGGGUGUUCAUAGGCCAAGCUGGGGGAGCAGACCCAGACAAGUUCCAGGGUGAGGUUCUGGAGAUGCGGCUGGUGGGGAACCCAAGAGAAGCCGAGCGCCUCUGUGACGGAGAUGACGACUCGGACACUGCAUCUGGGGACUUUGGCAGUGGAGAUGGAGAACGGACACAAACGAGCUACACAGUCAAAACCACCCCCCCCUCUCUGCGGCCGGUCCCGGAGCCUCCCAUCGUGGCGUCCAAAGGGGGCAGGAUGACAGGUCCAGUUGGGGCCAAAGGAGAGAAGGGAGACAGAGGAGAGAAAGGUGCCAAGGGUGACCGGGGCAUCGCAGGACCCAAAGGAGAGGCGGGAACUGCUCACACAUCCGGAUCCUCCACAGCGGGAGGCGAGCGGGGACAGAAGGGAGAAAAAGGGGCAAAGGGCAGCUCAGGCAUUGGUUACCCUGGAAACAAAGGGGAUCGUGGGCUCCCAGGACCACAAGGGCUCCCUGGAGCCCCAGGUCCUGCAGCAGAGGUGGUCCGACUUGGAAACGGCGCUGUUGUGCAGCAAGUACCUGGACCCCAGGGACCACCUGGAUUUCCAGGUCUGGAUGGGCCUCCAGGACCUCCAGGAGCAGACGGAGAACCGGGAGAUCCAGGCGAGGAUGGGAAAGUUGGGCAAACAGGCCCCCGAGGGCCUCCUGGAAGUAAAGGCAGCUCUGGAGCCAAAGGACAGAAGGGAGAGCGUGGAGAGGGACAACCAGGGCCCCGUGGGCCCCCAGGACCCCCUGGACCACCAGGGCUGGGCACUGGUGACCGACCCACAUUCCUGGAUAUGGAAGGCUCUGGAUUUACAGAUAUGGACAAAAUCCGGGGCCCCCGUGGUCCCCCGGGCCCUCCAGGCCCCCCAGGUCCUCCUGGGACAUCAGUCACUUUUGAUGCCAAUGGUCCAGUGGCCAUUGGCCCUCCUGGACCACCUGGACUGGAUGGAAUACCUGGUCUACAUGGACCUCCAGGACCUCCUGGAGCACCUGGUCAACCUGGACCCAGAGGAGAGAAGGGAGACUGUGGCUGUGAAGGAGACUUGAGCUCCUCCACAGGCGGGCAGAAGGGCUCCAGUUUUUUCGAUGGGCUCUUCUCUUACUUUAGCCCCGCCCACUCGCUGUCUAACGCCUCUGAGGGUGCUCAGGGUGAUCCUGGACAGCCAGGCACACCUGGUCAGAGCGGGUUAGCAGGUCUCCCAGGACCAAUGGGACCAAUGGGACCUCCAGGACCACCGGGGCCUCCGGGCCUCCCCUACGGUUUCUCUGAUGGUGAUGAAGGGAACAAUGGUAUAUCAACUAUCAGGGGCCCUCCAGGACCAGAGGGCCCUCCUGGUGUCCCAGGGCUGCCUGGGAAGCCUGGUUUACCCGGUAACCAUGGAGACAAGGGUGCUGAAGGCCCCCGUGGUCCUCCUGGGAUCCCAGGCCAGGAUGGCUUCCCAGGACAGGAAGGAUUUAAAGGAGACAAAGGAGCCAAAGGAGAAAUGGGCUUACCCGGUCGAGAUGGAGGCCCACCUGGACCUCCUGGCCCUCCUGGGCCUCCAGGACAGAUAAUCUACCAAUCUGCAGGCGAUUAUAACGACCUUUUUUGGAGCGAAGGGUGGGAGGAGGGGAGAGACGGUGCUGUGGGGAGAGCAGGAUCUCCGGGGCCAGUAGGAGAGAAGGGUGACAAGGGAGAUGUGGGCCCUCCUGGCUUCGCCCCGAAGGGCGAGAAAGGUGAACCUGGCAUCAUCAUGGGGCCGGACGGGCGACCCAUGUACUUGGGUGGUCUUGCCGGAAAACCGGGGGAUCCAGGGCCCCCAGGACCCAUGGGACCCCCAGGCCCUGUUGGACCUCAAGGACAAAAGGGAGAGAUUGGUUUCCCUGGUCGUCCAGGCCGACCUGGGCUCAAUGGUCUCAAAGGAGAGAGAGGCGACUCCAGCGGAGGAUACUCAUACCCUGGGCCUCCUGGACCCCCUGGGCCCCCCGGACCUCCUGGGCCCCCUGCACCUUAUGUUAACACACAUACGGGCUAUGAUGACCACUCCAGGCACUAUCCAGCAACUAAAGGAGACAAGGGUGAUCGUGGAGAGCCAGGUUUUCCAGGUCUGCCAGGAGGGGGCCCCCAAUUUGACAUCCACACACUGAGGGGUCAUUUCAAAGGAGAACCAGGAUCUAAGGGAGAGAAAGGAGAGCCAGGUGGUGGAUACUACGACCCUCGCUACGGAGCUAGUUUUGGAUCUCCAGGAGUGCCCGGCCCUCCGGGCCCUAAGGGAGACUCCAUUAUUGGGCCCCCUGGAUUUCCAGGACUGCCUGGUCCUCCAGGACAAGGCAAUGACGGCCUGCCAGGACCUCCAGGGCCUCCCGGACCUCCAGGAGCAACCGUAUCUGUAGAUGGACGAGGUGUACAGACCAUCAGCAUGCCUGGCCCCCCAGGACCCCCUGGAGCACCUGGUGUACCUGGACAUUCUUCAGGGGUGACAGUUCUGCGCACAUAUGAUACCAUGAGAGCCACAGCGCGGGGGCAGCCUGAGGGUUCCCUGGUCUAUGUUCUAGACAAGACUGACCUGUACCUCCGUGUCCGGGACGGAGUCCGCCAAGUGCAGCUCGGGAGCUACAUUCCUCUGCCUUAUGAAGAUGGAAAUGAAGUAGCUGCUGUGGUGCCACCCCCAGUUGUCCCCUACUCCCCAGAUGUUAGGUACCCUUCUCAGCCUGAUCCUCGGUAUCCCUCCCAUCCUGACCCACAGACCCCCUCUCAGGCAGAACCCCAGCCUGCUUCUCAGCCUGAUCUCCGAUACCCCUUCCAGCCCGAUCCUCGGUAUCCCUCUCAGCCUGACCCUCGCUACCCUUCCCAACCUGAUCCUCGGUAUCCUGCUCCCACUGACCCCCGUUUCCCCAGUUACACAGAGCGGAUACACCAGCCAGAUGGUAGGUUCACCAUCCAUCCAUCCAUCCAUGAGGCCCAGGACCGGAGGUACUACCCUUACUACCCUGUAACACCUCAGAGGCCCCCCAACAGACCCCCCGCCCAGGAGCAGCACCAGCACACAGGUGGACCAGGGCUCCACCUUUUGGCCCUGAACAGUCCUCAGACGGGGGCCAUGCGGGGCAUCCACAGGGCUGACUUGCUGUGCUUCAGCCAGGCCCAGGCCAUCGGGCUGAAGGGAACCUUCAGAGCCUUCCUGUCCGCUAAGCUCCAGGACCUGCACAGCAUCGUGCGCAAAGCUGACCGCCAGAGCGCCCCCAUCCUCAACCUCAAGGAUGAGGUCCUGUUCGACAGCUGGGAGAACAUCUUCAGUAAUGGCAGGAUGAAGGACGUGCCCAUUUACUCCUUUGAUGGCAAGAACGUGAUGACUGAUAGCACAUGGCCGCAGAAGCUGGUGUGGCACGGCUCAACAGCAGAGGGGCAGAGGCACAUGGACAGUUACUGUGAGACAUGGAGAGUUGGAGAGCAGACUCUGACCGGGAUGUCCUCAGCUCUGCAGAGCGGCCAGCUGCUCCAACAAACCUCCACCAGCUGCUCCAGCCCGCUCAUAGUACUGUGCAUUGAGAACAGCUACCACCCCAGCUUCUAGACUGUCCCCCCAGACAGGGCCCCAGAUGGCCCUGAGGGCUCACAGGCUCUUGAGGCCCUUGGGGCUCCCGGGCCUCCUAGGGCUCAGCAUCAGGCUGGGCUCUGCAUAGUGACUCUAAUCACAUCACAUUUGUUCAUAAAGACGCUCCACUGGAGACUCACAGGAGAGCACCUCCACAACACAGAGAUUCUAGUGAGCAACCACAGCACGGGCUGAGGAAGGGGCCUCACGGAGACAGCCUCUCAUGAAGCGGUCAAAAAUUUUGGAUCCAUAAUUUCAUUAUGCUAAGUCACAAAUAAUGUGUGUGAGUAAUAAGUGAAAAGUAUAUACUAGAGUUUAAACAAAUGCUAGUCCAUAGUGAUUUCCCCACAGGGCCUGGAGCAGCAUAGACUCUGCAUUUGCAGAUUACGUGGUACUAUGUAAAUAUGGCUUUUAUACUUACAAUGUGCCGAUUGUUAUUAUUAGAGUAUAGUGUUUUGUCAUCGUCAGGUAAAACCUAUCCAGGGUCAAAGCUAAAAUAUGAACUUUAGUAGAUUGUUUACCUCCUCACUGGCAUUACACAAACAUGCCUCCAAAUGUAGGUGUGUACCAUACAUAAGGGGAGAAGCCACAUGACCCAUGCACUGUUACAGAUGUUAAAUAGUGUAUCUGAAACUUUUUUUUUUGUUGUUGUUGUAUUUUGUUAUUGUUUUUUACUGAUAUUUUUAAGGAAAUUUGUGAACUGCAGUAGAUAAACCCAGCACCCUUAUCCACCUGUAUGACCACGACUCAAACACUGAACUGCUGCAGUCAAUAAAGAUGCGUGAAACGACAUU